UGUUGGAAUGAUCUGGUGGAUAUGUGUACUGUCCCACAUCUGCAUGCAGAUCGUGCUUGCAAAUCAAAGAUUGGCAAUGGAAGCUACUGAAGCGCAAUUAAAUAAUGGUUCUUAUAUGAAAGGCUACAUUAUGGACUCGAAAAAGCCCUUGAAGCCGCAGUGCCGUUCAACGGGCUACCAAAAGGAUUUUUCUUGGGUGCCUGUUAAGAACAGAAACCGUCUGGUUGAAGAACCCCGUCGCUUUCUAAAGGAUCUGCGUAAUGAUAUGUACAAAAAAGCGGAUGCCGAGAAAUGCCAUCAGCCGGAAAUGCGGAAUGUUCAGGAAUUUCUCGAGUGCCAAGUGCGCAGGCAUAUGCGACUGGAGUUGCACAUUCCCAAGUAUCCCAAUGUUCCAACGUAGGCCCAAAUA